CUUCCGGGUCAGAGUUCCUGUAGCGGCCAGCGCGGAGACGUGUGUGCUGGUUAAGAUCUAAACACGGCCAGAAUUCCUCUUCUGGGGCCGGGACUCUGUGUGUGUGUGUGUGUGUGUGUAUGCGUGUGUGUGUGUGUGUGUGUGUUUGUGUGUAUAUACGAAAAGUACGCCCCAUAAUCCUCCUCGGUUCCUUCUGCGGCUACUUCCUCCUUGCUUUAUAGACCGGAAGAGUCCUUGAAGCAAACUAGCUCGGCGGGCACUUCCGGGACGGGAGAUCAGGGUUCCGGGAAGGUGCUGGAAGGAGAGGGAGAGGCGGCUGCAGCUGGAGAAUGAAGAAAGAGCAGGUGCUGCACUGUCAGUUCUCCGCGUGGUACCCGCUGUUCCGGAGCCUAACCAUCAAGAGUGUCAUUCUUCCACUUCCCCAGAAUGUGAAGGAUUAUUUACUUGAUGAUGGAACUCUGGUGGUUUCAGGAAGGGAAGACCCACCAACACAUGCUCAACCAGACAGUGAUGAUGAGGCAGAAGAAAUCCAGUGGUCUGAUGACGAGAACACAGCCACACUGACGGCACCAGAAUUUCCUGAGUUCACCACUAAAGUCCAAGAAGCCAUCAAUUGCCUAGGGGGCAGUGUAUUUCCUAAGCUUAACUGGAGCGCACCAAGGGAUGCCUACUGGAUAGCAAUGAAUAGUUCUCUGAAAUGUAAAAUCCUCAGUGACAUCUUUCUACUGUUUAAGAGUUCUGAUUUCAUCACUCGUGACUUCACUCAGCCAUUUAUUCAUUGUACUGAUGACUCCCCAGAUCCUUGUAUAGAAUAUGAGCUUGUUCUUCGAAAAUGGUGUGAAUUAAUUCCUGGAGCUGAGUUCAGAUGUUUUGUCAAGGAAAAUAAACUUAUUGGUAUUUCUCAGAGAGACUACACACAAUACUAUGAUCAUAUUUCUAAGCAAAAGGAAGAAAUUUGCAGAUGCAUACAAGACUUUUUCAAGAAGCACAUACAGUAUAAAUUCUUAGAUGAGGACUUUGUGUUUGAUAUAUAUAGAGACAGUAGGGGGAAGGUGUGGCUAAUUGACUUUAAUCCAUUUGGUGAAGUAACAGACUCACUACUGUUUACUUGGGAGGAGCUGAUAUCUGGAAGAAACUUAAAAGGUGAUUUCAGUGAAGGAGAUGCUCUUGAGCAGGAUUCUCCAGCUUUCCGUUGCACCAACAGCGAAGCUACAGUCCAGCCCAGCCCCUAUCUGAGUUACCGGCUGCCCAAGGACUUUGUGGAUCUCUCUACCGGGGAGGAUGCUCAUAAACUCAUAGAUUUUCUGAAACUGAAAAGAAAUCAGCAAGAGGAUGACUGAUUGGCAUGCUAACGUUCAAGAACAAGUGAAAAAGAAAACCAUCGCUGCUUCCCGAAGCUGGUCAUACAUAGUUCACGGUUUCCUAUUAACCCAGUCCAGUGGGGGUUGGUGGGGGGUGGCAUUGCGAAAAUCAAUAAGCUUUUAUAUUUGUGUAUAUUAAGCUGGGAAAAAGUGAAGGGGCUUUGCUACUUGUAAAGAUACAUAAUAAAUAGAUCUUAAACAUAGGAAACCUUAUUGUUUUGAUGAUAAAAUACUUUCUAUGAAAUAACUUUGCUCUUUUAGUUCAGUCUGUUUAGCUUUAUCUAUGUUUCUUGUGCUAAUAUUUUUAUACCUGUCAGUAGAUGGGCAAAUUUAUAUGUUACACAAAAAGGGAGUCUUUCUAAAUUAUUAUUUUUCCUCUUAAAAAAUCAAACCAUAUAUUACCAUAGAAAUUAUUUUUCAAAGAAGAUUUUCAUAUAAUUUUCUUAUCAGUUGAGACUUUUAAAUGAUAAAGUGACCAUGAAAAUUGCAGUAUAUUUCACCAUUUUAGUGUAUAUUAGUAAAACAGUCACAGAUUUAAUUAUAAUUGGGCCUUUUAAAAAAUACUGGAAUUUUUGGGAUGUAGAAUCACUGUUUAGGCUCCAUUUUAAUAAUGAAUCUUUGGUGCCCGAAUUGAUGGUGAGAUCAAUGAAUUCUAAUUGACUCAGCCCUGAUGAUUUGCCAAGAUACGCUCCUAGUUGUUUGUGUUGUUUUAUAUCCAGAGCAGUUCGAAGGAAGCGGACAUUACAUUUUCCCAGGGUAUUCCUCUAAUGUGGUAUCAAAGGAUGUCUUACUGUUAGUGAUAUAUUUCUCAACAUAAGAGAACACAUAGGAGAGAGAGAGAGAGAGCUGAGGGGCAGUUUCCCCUUGCUGUACAGUUAAACAGAUUACUUUUAAUGCUAAGAUCAUUUCUUUGGCUAUCUCAAACUAUAGAUUUUUAUGUGGUUUCUCAGUUACAGCUAUUUCACAUGCACAUUUUAUUUAUUUUUUAUUUAAAAUUUAUUUUUAUAUUCCCCAUACAAUUGCAACCCCCUUAUUUUGACCCCAAUCCCUCCCCUCCCCGCCCCCCACCCCCCAUAGAGGGUCUCUGGUUCAUAGUUGUUUGUUGAUUUUGAUAUUUUCUUUCUUAUAGUUAUUCUUUUUCCUGGUCCCUUAUUUAAGUUUUCUAGAUUCCUGCUAUGAGUGAGACCACCCGGUAUUUUUCUUUUUCUUUCUGGCUUAUUUCAUUGAGCACGAUCCCUUCCAGCUCCAUCCAUGUUGCUGCAAAUUGCAUGUGUUUAUCUUCUUUGAUUGCUGAGUAAUAUUCCAUGGUGUAUAUGUACCACAUCUUCUUGAUCCAGUCAUCUAUUUU